GAGUCGCGGGCCGGGCGCCACCCACGUGUCCGAGCGCGCCCAUCUCUCCGGGCACGCCGUGCCAGCCAGCGCGCGGGGCGAACGGCCUGGCAGCCCGAGCCGCAGGGGGCGGGCCCCCGCAGAGCCGGCGGGCGGCGGGACUGCAGUGCCCCCGAGCCCGCGCCCCCCACUCGCACGCCCCGCGCGCACACGCCCGCGCACACGCUCCAACGGGAGCCUGGCCCCGGGUGCGGGCGCGCUGCCGCGAUGGCUUCUGCGCUCCACGGCCAAAGCCACGCUCCGGGGGGCGCCGGCUGGAGGAUGGACUGCGACGACCCCGACAUGCACGUGAAGAUGUGCAAAAAGAUCGCCCAGCUCACCAAGGUGAUCUACGCCCUGAACACGCGGCAGGACGAGGCGGAGGCCAGCCUGGAGGCGCUGCGGGAGGCGCACCAGGACGAGCUGCAGCGCGCCGAGGGCGCGGGCGAGGCGGCGCUGCGGGAGCGCGUGCGGGCGCUGGAGAGCGCGCUGGAACUGCAGACGCGCCGCACGCAGGAGGCGCUGGCGCAGUCGGCCUCGUGCCGCCUGCAGAGCCACGAGCGCGAGCUGCGGGCCGAGGCCGAGCACGCCGAGCGGGUGCUCGCGCUCUCGCAGGAGAUGCUGCAGCUCAAGGCCGACCUGGAGAAGCGGCGGCGGCCCCUGGGCGGCCCCGAGCCCCCGCCGUGGGGCGGCCGCCCGUCGCAGGAGAGCCCCGAGCCGCAGGCCGAGCCGGGCCGCGACGACCCGGGGAUGCGCGAGGUGCUGCAGGAGGUGGAGCGCCUGCGGGGCGAGAACCAGCAGCUGAGCAGGGACUACGCGCGCAAGGCCGAGGAGCUGCAGGCCACCUACGAGCGCGAGAACGAGGCCAUCCGCCGGGCCAUGCAGCAGUCGGUGAGCGAGGCGCUGUGGCAGUGGCAGGAGAAGGAGACCGACCUCCGCAGGAACUUCCAGGUGCAGGAGACGGCGCUGCAGGCGCAGGUGCGGAAGCUGGAAGGCGACCUGGAGCACCGCGGCCGCAAGAUCAGCGACCUGAAGAAGUACGCGCAGAAGCUGAAGGACCGGAUCCAGGACCUGGAUGUGCAGCUCAAGGAGGCUCGGCAGGAGAAUUCCGAGUUGAAGAGCACCGCCAAGAAACUCGGGGAGAAGCUGGCAGUGGCCAAAGACAGGCUGAUGCUGCGGGAGUGUCACGUGACCCAGAAAUCAGAUGACACGAAGACACAGCUGUUCCCCGAGCAUGAAGUCCUGGGAGAAGCCAAUGACGCAGAACCCGGCAGCCCCCCUCCUCAGCAGGAUCCCAGCUUCCUGCCAGAGUGUUCAUGUGUGAAAGGAGACCCCGAAGGGCAGGGGGCCCAGGACGAGGCAGCUGUGAGGACGGAGUCCGCGAAGCAGCAGUACCAAGAAGACCUGCGCAAGAUUAAGCAGCAGACGGAGGAGGAGAAGGAGCGUCUCCGGGAGCAGCUGGUGCGGCGCCUGGAGGAGCUGGUCAAGAAGCACACGCUGGAAAUCAAGUCUGUGCGCUCCUCGGUGGAGGCCGAGAGAAGGAAGCUGCAGAGGGAAGUGGAAGCCAAGCUGGAGGAGGUGACGAAGAAGUCAGAAAAUCGAGUCAAGCAACUGGAAGAAGAGAAAGCAGCGCUCAGUGCGAAGCUUCAGAACUCCCUGCGGGAAGUUUUAAGACUGGAAGAAUUGAUCCAGCAGAACCAGAUCCAGUCCCCUAGAGGUGAGGAGAGGGAAGCUGACGCCCAGCACUACAGCACCGUCUUGACCCAGGACCCAGGCUUGAAGCUGAACCAACCUUCCGAGAACCUUCGCAGAGAAAAAGAGCAAGAGAAGUUCGCUGCUGAGGAAGGAAGCAGCAGUGAUGAGGAGGAGAGGAUCCAGCCGCCCUUCCGGGAGAGAGCUGACCCGCAGCCCACAGCCGACUCUGUGCCGGACGAGCAGAGUCCCAAGCUGCAGGAGUGGCCGAGGCAGAAGGCGCAGGCCACAGAUGAGCGGCUGAAGAAGGAAUGCGGCCACAGCCCGAGCACCACGAAGGGCCAGCACCAGGCACAGCAGCCGGAGCUCCAGGCCAGGGAAAAGGCGCCACAGGAGCUUCCAGGGGAGCUGGAGAAGACACAGGCGCAGCUGAUCGAGACCCUCCAGAAGGAGCUGGCCGAGCAGCAGGCCGCCUGCUGCGAACACCGGAAGGACUUGGAGGCCCUGCACGCUGAGCGGAGGGCACAGCGCAGCCUGGCUCAGGGUCCGAGUGAUAGUGAGGACCACGCUGGCACCGCAGAGGAAGGGAUGGGCGCUGCUGAGCUGCUGAGCGGUCCAUGGGAGGAGAACGCACAACUCAAGGAUGCGGUGCGGCGGCUGCGUGCAGAGGUAGAGCAGCACCAGCAGGAGGCGCUGCAGCUCCGCGAGCAACGCAGGCUGCUGGAGGAGGAGCAGCAGGCCCAGCGGGCCCGGGAGGUGGACGUGCUGCGCCAGGAGCACCGGAAGGAGCUGCAGGCCCUGGCGGCAGACUUCAGCAGUGCUCAGGCCCGGCUCCAGGCCCGGCUGGCCGCCCUGGAGACUGAGCGGAAAGACGCCGCGGAGAAGCCCGCCAAGGGGGCGUCGAGGCCCGAGGACCUGCAGCUCAUCGGCCGCCUGCAGACCCGCCUGAAGGAGAGGGAGGACUUCAUCCGGCAGCUCACGGAGGAGCGGAGGUUCCACUACGCCGCCUUCCCCAGUGCCAUGGCCCACCGCAACCGCUCCUUCUCCUUCAACCCUCACCCGGGCUACCUCACUCCUUCCAUGAAGAAAAAGAAGCUGGAGGAGGUGCCCAGCCGAGUGGUGAGCGUGCCAAACCUGGCCUCCUACGCCAAGAACUUUCUGAGCGGCGACCUGAGCUCCAGGAUCAGUGCUCCUCCCCUGACCAAGUCCCCCAGCCUGGACCCGAGCCCCAGCGGUGGCCGCCCCUACAAAGCCACCCAGUCUCCGGACGUGAAAGCUGCCACCAGGGCACAAGAAGGUGAAGCAGGCCAGUCCAAAGAAGCACAGCAGAAGCAGGGCUCAGCCCACCAGGAAUGGUUCACCAAAUAUUUUUCUUUCUAAAUACACCCUUGGGAUAUGGCAUAAAGAAGACACUGAAGAA